AUGUCGCCACGCGAGCAUAACGCCACCUCGACACGGCGCCGUCCGUCAUUGUCGUUUCGUUCGCGCGCACGUACAAUGGGCCAUGCGGCCCCGACAAAGGAAUUCGCCUUAGAGACAUGGGAGAAGCCAUACUUCGAAGCAUACCAGAAUGACCACACAUCGGCCGCGGAGGAGAUGGACCCGUUUCCGAACGCAGCCCCCCGACGUCGGGGUGCUAAAAGCUUCUCGAACCUGAAGCACCCCGUGGAUGGCUUAGUAGCCCUGGGUCGCCGCUUGUCUGUCAGUCUUCGUCACAAGCCUUCCAAGCAGACUAUUCCUGUCACCGAGGAUAUUCAUGUGGUGGACAGCGAAGAACAUGCCCCGAGCUUCCCAACCCACAAGCGUCUGGCCUCCGAGAGCUGGGAUGCUCAGUCGACGAAAGAACAAUGGCCUCAGGGCUACAGCGUCAAUCGACGCCCUUCUCUUAAUAGCGUGUCUGCUUUGCAAGUGUUCUACGCACCCACAGUCUCGAUUUCUACUCCCAUUCCAGGUCGCGGGCAGGAACCCCCCGUUGUGCCGAAUCACAAAAACGCUGGCGCGGCGGCACGCGCCGCGGCCGCAGCACAGAACGAGCAGAUGGAGGCCGCCCGUAGAGCUCAGGCGGAACAGGAGGACAAGCUUCGUGAUAUGAAGAUUCCAUUGGACUCGGAGAGUGGGAUUUGCAUCGAUCUGCGUGAUCAUUCUGAUGUUUCGGACUGUGAUUUGCCUGGCGUUACGCGGAUUGAUCCCAUGUCAAUGUUUCCGGCCGAAAUCUCAGCACACGUUUUGUCGUAUCUGGACCCUGACUCUCUUAUGAACGCAGAGUUGGUGUCUCGUGACUGGCUGCGGGCUGCUUCUCCUCAUGUCUGGAAGCACGUCUUCCGAAACACUUACGGCCGACGACCGACAAGCGAGACAACCUCCAAGGUAAAGCAGUCAUCCGGCUUGGGAAAAUCAAUUCCCAAUCAGAAUUGGAAGCAGAAGCUUCUCGUCCGCCGCGCUCUCGAUCGGCGCUGGAAGGAGGGCAAGGCCGCGGCCAUCUAUCUUCAGGGUCACGAAGACAGUGUCUAUUGCUCUCAGUUUGACGAAAACAAAAUUAUCACUGGCUCCCGUGACCGGACAAUUCGUGUGUGGGAUGCCCACUAUCCGUGGUCAUGCCAGAAGAUUAUUGGGCCUCCGGCGGCGCGGACCUUCCGGCGUGGUCCAAUUAAUAGCCCAACUUCUCAGGCCACGGGGAGCUCCCCCUUCAUGACUAUUACUCCCCCGUGGCCUACGGCGGAUCAAACGAGUAACAUCUCGGCGCCAUUGGAGCAAGAAUCGAUAUACCACAGCGCGUCAAUCCUGUGUCUGCAGUUUGACGAGGAGAUUAUGGUUACUGGGUCUUCGGACUUCACCUGUAUCGUGUACGACAUUAAGGACGACUAUCGACCUAUCCGCCGUCUUGAAGGUCACCACGCCGGUGUGCUCGAUGUAUGCUUCGAUGACCGAUACAUCGUCUCAUGCUCCAAGGACACCACUAUCUGUGUGUGGGACCGCAGCACCGGUGAACUUCUGAGGCAGCUCCACGGCCACGAAGGGCCAGUGAAUGCCGUCCAACUACGCGGCGACCUCAUAGUGUCGGCCAGCGGCGAUGGCGUUGCCAAGAUGUGGAACGUGACUACUGGCCAGUGUAUCAAGGAGUUCACCAGCAAAGACCGUGGCCUCGCCUGUGUCGAGUUCAGUGAUGAUGGCCGGACCAUCCUCACUGGCGGCAACGACCGCAUAAUCUAUCAGUUCGAUGCCAACACGGGGGAGUUGGUCAACGAGCUUCGCGGACACACUGGCCUGAUCAGAUCCUUGCAUUUGGACAGCGCGAACAAGCGCAUCGUCAGCGGCAGCUACGACAUGAGCGUCAAGGUGUUUGACCGUGAUACCGGUAACCUCUCUCUCAACUUCCCUGGCUGGACCACAAGCUGGAUGUUGAGUGUACAGUCCGAUUACAGACGUAUUGUUGCGACCAGCCAGGACUCUCGGGCUGUCAUUAUAGACUUUGGAUAUGGUCUAGACGGGAUCGACCUCUUGGAGGAGUGA